AUGCAGCUCCUCCCCCUUCUUGCCGCCGCCUUCGUGGGCCUCGCCUCUCUCGCCAGUGCCGCCAGCUUCACAAACCCGCUCAAGAACCCCAACGGCAGUGACCCGCACAUUGUCUACACCGGCGGCUACUACUACCUCACCACCACCACAUGGACAAACAUCCAGCUGACGCGCGCCACCACCAUCGCGGGGCUCAAGACGGCCACGCCCACCACCGUGUGGACCGACAGCACGGCCAGCCGCGCCGGCAACUUCUGGGCUCCUGAGCUCCACUGGAUCGACUCGAAAUGGUGGAUCUACUACACCGCCGGCACCGCAACCUGCUGCGACAACCAGCGCCAACACGUCCUCGAGGGCGGCAGCACCCCGCUGUCUGGCUACGCCUACAAGGCGCGCCUCUCCGCCGAGUGGGGUAUCGAUGGCACAAUCCUCCGCAUCGGAACAAGCAUGUACCUCGUGUGGAGUCGCUUCAGCCCCAACAGCCUGCAGAGUCUGUACAUUGCGCUCAUGAGCAACGCGUACACCAUUGGAACACCGUACUUGUUGAGUGAGCCGACAAACAGCUGGGAGGUCGUGGGCGGUGCGGUUAAUGAGGGGCCGGCUGCUAUGUACUACGGUGGAAAGACGUAUCUUGCCUACAGUGCUAGUUACUGCUGGACUGCCAGCUACCAGCUCGGUCUCCUUACCUGGAACGGCGGUGACCCGCUGCUGGCUAGCAGCUGGGCCAAGACUGGUCCCGUCUUUAGCAGUGCAAACGGCAACUACGGUACCGGACACAACGGAUUCUUCACCAGCCCCGACGGCACCGAGAUCUGGAACGUCUACCACGCAACCUCUUCGAGUGGGGGCGCGUGCGACGGAACCAGAUACACUAUGGCCCAGAAGGUCAACUGGAGCAACAAUGUCCCUGUGUUUGGGUCUGCGCCGAGCUUGUCGACCACUAUCACUGGGCCGUCGGGCGAAUAA